AAUAAAUAUUAUUGCUUCAAGGGAUUUGUUGAUAAGGUCAUGAACAAACCUUACAUAUAUUACGACUCUUGCAAAACUUGUUCUGCAUCGAUUCAAAAAAAUAGUGAUACACCAUCGUGUCGCAAGCGUAAUGAAGAAGAUGUGGAAAUAAUUCCAAGAUUCAGGAUUGUCCUACAAGUCGUGAGUGAAAAUGAAAGUGCAUUUGUAACGUUGUUUGAAGAUGCUGCAACCGUUUAUGUUGGUUGUAAAGUUGAUCAAUACAUUCAGUCAAUCAAUGGG